CCCUCUUUAGCUUUGCAAUUUUCACAAUAUUUUGCUGUAUUUAACCCUCUUUUCUCGUCUCAAAUUGAUUUCUUCCACGUAGGGUUUCUCUGCAUCCACCAUUUUCUCCUCACCAUUUCCCAAUUUCAAUUCCAAUUUUCCCCUUUCAUUUUCUUUCAUUCAUCUCUAGGGUAUAAUUUCACCUUUCUUCUCGAUUGAAUUUUGUAAUUAGGGUUCCGCGUUUUCACUCCAAAGGCCGUUCAUUGUUGCUGCUGCAAUUUCAGGCUUUUGGAGCUUCAAUUUCUGUCAUUUUCCAUCACAAAUCAAAUAACAACAAAUAAAAAUAAAAAAGGUCAACGAAUUAUUGGUUGUGAGUUGUGGGCUGAGCCUGCAACAUUUGUUAGAAACUGGAGUUAAAUCAUCACAAUGUUGGGUGUCAAUCGUUGUUGUUUCAAUUUCUCUAGUGGUUUUCUCCAUCUAGCUGAAUGGCAUCCCUUAGAAUAACCGAGUUAACUUGGGCUUGAAGCCCUUAAUUUACUCUCAUAUAUAAGGUAAUUAUCAAUCAUCAAUUCAUAAUCAAUCAUAUUUUGUCCAUAAUUAUGGUAAAAUCUUAUUUUGCUUUCAUAUGUUGAGAACCCCUUUUGAUGAUGUUUUGUAGGGUCAGCAGAAAAGUUAGUUGUUAGGAGGAUAUUUAAUUUGGCCAUUUGGGGUGAGUUAGAUUGAUGCUGAUGGCAGAAUAUAGGAGUUUUUCAUUUACUAAAAUGAUUGGCUGCUGGAGUUGUUUUGGGUUGAUAAGAAAGCCGACACGUACACGUACUAAGCGCCGCGGCGGCAUCAAAAAUUUUCUCUCCCAAGGGCUAUUGACGGAUGGAGAAACUGAAUGUGAUGAGGUAUCAUUUAGUGGUGACUAUACCAGUAACACAACCAGUGGUGAUGAGCAAAAUUUACCCAAUCGUUCCGAGGAUAUUUUGAACUUUAGAGCAGAGAAUGGCAUGAUUUGUAGGCCUUUUCCUGUUAAGGAGACUGACAAACUUGUUCGAUCAGAGGAUGAAAACGGAACCAAGAUGUUAAAUGAGUAUAUUCGAGAAUAUAAGAUUGGUUCUGGUAGCUAUGGCAAAGUGGCUCUUUACAAAAGUAGCGUUGAUGGAAAGCAUUAUGCAAUUAAGUCCUUUCACAAGUCUCACUUACGGAAGCUUCGAGUUGCUCCAUCUGAGACUGCCAUGACUGAUGUUCUACGUGAGGUACUUAUCAUGAAAAUGCUGGAACAUCCUAAUAUAGUUAAUCUCAUCGAGGUGAUUGAUGACCCAGAGUCAGAUGACUUCUACAUGGUACUGGAAUAUGUGGAAGGCAAAUGGGUUUGUGAGGGUUCAGGUCGACAGUGUGCCAUAGGUGAAGAAACCGCUAGGAAAUACAUGCGUGAUAUAGUCUCGGGAUUAACAUAUCUUCAUGCUCAUAAUAUAGUGCACGGGGAUAUAAAACCUGAUAACCUGUUGAUUACUCGCGAUGGGACAGUAAAGAUAGGGGAUUUCAGUGUCAGCCAGGCUUUUGAGACUGGUAACGAUGAACUUCGUCGAUCACCUGGCACUCCUGUUUUCACUGCACCAGAAUGUUGUUUAGGUCUUACUUAUCAUGGUAAAGCUUCAGACACAUGGGCAGUCGGAGUUACUUUGUACUGUAUGAUAUUGGGCGAAUACCCAUUCCUCGGAGACACACUUCAAGAUACAUACGACAGAAUAGUCAAUAAUCCUAUAGAAAUCCCAGAUGACGUAAACCCGCAGUUAAAGAAUUUAAUAGAAGGAUUGCUUUGCAAAGACCCAGAACAAAGGAUGACGUUACCUGAAGUUGCCGAGCAUGUCUGGGUUAUUGGAAAUGAUGGGCCAAUUGGCGAGUACCACUGUUGGUGCAAACGCAAGAGUGUGGUGAGUGUAGACUUUGAGGAGAGCAAUGUGCUUGUUUGAUCGACACUCAUGAAAUUAUUUUAAGUUGGAUUACUCAAUGUACAGUGGCAAAGCCCAUUAAUCUUAUUUCUUUUUGGUAUCCCUCUUUUGACCCUACGUUGGUAUGUUAUGAUAAUUUCUAGAGUCCGGAACGAAUCCUUGGGAUUAAAGAAAUACGAUUCAUGCUUCUUUUUCUCUUUUGUUUGUAUUGUGAAGCAUUUGGGAAUUUGUGUUUAGGGACAUGGAGAAGAUUUUAAUAGUUGAUCUCAGAUAUCCAUGGCUUAGUAGUUACAAAUUAAUUCCCUAAAAUAGAGGGGUCUUGUACUGAGUUUUUUUUCUUUCUCAAGCAUGAACUGAGUUUCAUUUGGUUAAA